GGGGGCGUCCUUUCCGUUUCACUUCAUCGCUGCCGCGCCGGGCGGGAUUUCCGCACUAACAUCAAGUAUGGCGAAGACGUACGAUUAUUUGUUCAAAUUACUGCUAAUCGGUGACUCCGGUGUCGGGAAGACCUGCGUCCUGUUCCGGUUUUCAGAGGACGCCUUCAACUCCACGUUCAUCUCGACCAUAGGCAUUGAUUUCAAGAUCAGGACGAUAGAGCUGGACGGCAAGAAGAUAAAGUUGCAGAUAUGGGAUACGGCCGGCCAGGAGCGCUUCCGAACAAUCACAACUGCCUACUACAGAGGAGCUAUGGGCAUCAUGCUCGUCUAUGACAUCACCAACGAGAAGUCGUUUGAAAACAUCAAGAACUGGAUAAGAAACAUAGAGGAGCAUGCAUCCUCUGAUGUUGAAAAGAUGGUCCUCGGCAACAAAUGUGACAUCAACGACAAGCGGCAGGUGUCCAAGGACAGGGGGGAGAAUCUUGCAUUAGAAUUUGGAAUCAAGUUCAUGGAGACAAGUGCAAAGGCCAACAUCAACGUGGAAAACGCGUUUUUGACACUUGCCCGAGACAUCAAAUCGAAAAUGGACACAAAAUUGGAGGGAAAUGCGGCGCAGGGGAGCAGUCACGGAGUUAAGAUCUCCGAGCCUCAGAAAAAGACCAGCUUCUUCCGCUGUAGCCUACUCUGAGGACCGAGGCCUUCGACAGUGGCUGCCAACUGGCUGGACAUAAAUGGACUGUGCUUUGCUUAUAGCACUUUCUCCCCAUUCCCCCCUUCUACCCAACCAUGGCCUGUCCUCCCAGUCCACACAAACCAUCUUACUCCGAGUGAGUGGAAGACUUCCUCUCCUCUCUUCCUCUUCUGAAAGCUUCCAGUGGUGCAUCUCUUCCAUUUAAAAGGAGAUCUGUUGUCUUCACGAGUCAAACCGCUCGACUGGUGGAGGACUUGACCUGGAGCGUUGCCCAGAUGUUCCACGUCACCAAAAAAAGACGCGUUCUUACUUCUUGUAUUAGCCUCUUCUACAUUUCAUACAGCUGGUAGCACAACCGAGAAAGAAAAAUCAUAUAAUUUUGUCAAGGUUUAGGGAUUAUAAAUACAAAUGUGACAUUUAGAUCUAUUUUUAUUAGUGGUUUCCCCUUUUUUAUGUGAUAAAUCUCACCCGGAGACCGAUCGGCUUGAACUCCAGUGAAACAGAGCUGCACAAACCUUCUAUUCAUUUCAGCAGUUGAGAAUCAAACAAACAGUCAAGGAUCAUAGAGGAAUUGGUUUGAAAGGCUUUAUAUCUCCUGCUCUUACUAUUGCACACAGUCCUUGACAGUCAAUUGAAGCGACUAUAAACUGUCACUUGAUUUUAAAACACAUCUGAGUGCAAAUGUGCUGACACUGGAUUGGAGGCGCUUGCUGAAUAGUUUGAUCCUCCACAGUUAAUUUUGGUCUUUUACAAGAUCCUGUCUUAAACUAUAAUGUUUGAUUAAUUCACCACUUAUUGUCUUGAUUAGUUGAUUGGUUCGGUUACAAAAUAGUGAAAAAUAUCUCUGAAAGUUCCCUUAAGCCACAGGUGACUUCUUCAAAUGUCUUGUCGAAACCCUCAAAAACGUUCAUUAAAUACAUUGAAAAUUUACCAAAAAAGCUCCAAAUCCUCACAAUUUGGGAAAGUGGAACCAGCAAAUGUUUGAUAUUUAAGAUUUAGAUCAUUAAGCUAUUAUCCGAACAGUUAUUUGAAAUGUAUCUAAUUAUUUGCACUCUUAAAAAAAGAGUCACGUGAAGGUCUUGUCGCAGCUCUAACUCGCUCUCAAGCUAAAUGACGUCUCUGCUUAUUUCGAUCAGCAAAUAUAUUCACUCUUGAGGUUUCACGCUGUAAACCCCUUCCCCCCCCAAUCCUGCGAUCCAAGCAGCUCUCCUCCUUGCACUUUACCAGUAACUCGUGUGUUGUGUGUAGUCUGUGCCGAGUGAUAGUUUGCAGUACAGCAAUACAAUUACCUUGUAGAAAAAGAUAUUUUGAUCUGAGCAGUCUCGGUAACAAAAAAUCGUGAUAAGUCUGAAAUUUAAAUGCACCUACUUAUAACCGACUUUAUCCCCUUUGCGGUUUGAUCCACUCUCCUGGUAGAAGUUCACUGAAAAUCCUACUCCAGCAGUUAUAUAUACUUAUAUAAGAGAAUCUGUGAGCCUCUCUUUCUAUGCUACUGUCCUGCCAAACUAGUUUAAAAGUGAUGAGUUAAAGGUGGUCCCACUAGUGUUAUUGUACAUGUUUCUGUGCUGUUGUCUUGUUGUGGCCCCUGAGUUAAACAGCUAGGUGGCACCAGAGGCACAGAAUGCAUCACACCACCCCCACUCAAAUUGAAACCAGUAUUUUAUAACCACCACGAGCCACAGUAAACUAGAACCUGUGUGAUGCAAACGUGUUCCCUCAGCUCCUGUUUAACAUUGAGUCUGUUUCCGUUGUUCCUUGUGUUUCCUGCUAACUUGUGUCUAAAUCCAGCUCCUGUAUGCACAAACACCAAUGGGGAUGGGGGGGGGCUGUCUUUUCCUUGCCUGCACCCUUUUCUUUUUCUUUUUUUGUAAUAUCAAAUAAUUUUGGGACCUCGCGACCAUUUGUCUUAACCGCCAUUACUCAGUCCUGUUGUAGGUGAGCUAUGCAUCGUGAGUCUUGGACCUGUGCAUAUGUGUGUGACGUAAUUUUCAGACAUAUACGUAGACGUGUAACGAUGAAUGUGUGGCUGUUUUUUUUUGUUUUUGUUUAAAUCACUGAGCCAAAAAAAAAAGAAAGCAGGACACAUGCUCUGUUUGUAUAAAACCUGCGUUGCGACAUCGAUGCGAGAGAAAUUCACCUCGAGUGGUUAAGUAGGAACAAUCUGCACGUUGAAAUGUAGGCAUAGUGCUGUUUUCUCACUUGAGUGAUACUGUAGCUUUAAGUCACCCACAGAAACAUAGGGAGCUUUCGUGGCACUCGAGCUGUGUCGCUUUGCAGCCGAAAUUAUACCUCCCUUCUUUUUUUGAUUUUUUUUGUUUUUAAAUCAUAUCCUCUUUCUCAAUUACUCCCAUCACCUGUCGUAAUAUACCGUACAAAUCCGUUUUUACAGCCGUAUUUUCAUUCCAUUCAUUGUGAAGUACACAGGGAGAGUAAUACAAAACAUUUUAGAAAAGAGAAAUGUGAAAGGAACAUUGUAAAUAUCACAUUGAAAAAGAGAUCUACUUAAAUUGUACUGUACUUUCUAAACACAUAUGAAAAUAUAUCUACUGUUUGUAGAUAUAUGUGUAAUUUUGAUUUAAUAAAAUAAGAUUAUAAAGCUCA